AUGAAGUUCUUCCCAGCUUUCAUCACUCUCGCCGCUGGCGCUAAUGCGCACGCCAUCUUCCAGCGAAUGGCUGUCAACGGAGUUGACCAAGGUCAGCUCAAGGGCAUUCGUGCUCCCGAGGAUUCGGGUCCCAUCACCAAUGUUAACGACAAAGACUUCGCCUGCAACAAGGAUCUCAGCUACCUGGACAAGACCGUCAUUACGGUUCCUGCCGGCGCCAAGGUCGGCGCACUUUUCGGCCACGUUAUUGGAGGCGCCAUGGAACCCGGGGACCAAGACCAACCGAUUGCGGAGGAUCACAAAGGUCCGAUCAUGGUGUACCUGGCCAAGGUAGACGACGCCGCCAACGCUAGUCCGGAAGGGCUGAGCUGGUUCAAGAUCUCUGAGAAGGGACUUCAGAACGGCCGUUGGGCGGUUGACGACAUGAGAGCGGAUGAUGGCUGGCACAACUUCACGAUGCCUGCUUGUGUUGCGUCCGGCGAAUACCUCAUGCGAGUCGAGCUCCUGGCGCUCCAGGAGAGCCAGUUGAAGAACGGAGCCCAGUUUUACAUGGAAUGCGCACAAAUCCAAGUGACAGGGUCCGGAACUAGUACCGGCACAGACUUCGCCAAGUUCCCAGGCACGUACAAGUCCAACGAUCCAGGAAUCUUCCUCGACGUGUACAACGACGAGGGCAUCAUCGACAACAAUGGCAGACCAUACAAGAUUCCCGGCCCUAAGGUUCUGAGCUGUUAG